GACCGGGGCUGUUUUCAACCAAUCAGCAUCGAGCAGCACCAAGUCCAACCCGGAAAUGUCAUUUCGAGCCUUCUCUAUUGCAUCGUCUCGUCGAUCCUGUGCACUCGGAGCCGCUCCUCCGGUUAACUGGGUGAUCUUUAGUCAACCCUCCGCUCCUCAGUCCGUGGUAUUCAGUGAACUAAUCGGUCCUCCGUCCGUGUUGUUUAGUGAACUCAUCGUUCUUCAGUCUGCGUUGAGCAGCAUGAGUUACAUGCUGGCGGACGGUCUGGAGGCGCUGCGCGCUGCCGAGGCGCCCCUGCUCGUGCUCGGCGCGCUGACGGCCGCCUGGCUCGCGGUGCGCGCGGUGGCGUGUCUGCUGGCCGGACUGCGGGUCUGGGUCCUGGGGAACGGGCGGCUGGUGUCCCCGGGGAGCCUCGGGCAGUGGGCAGUGGUGACCGGAGCCACGGACGGGAUCGGGAAGGCCUACGCAGAGGAGCUGGCCCGCAGAGGGUUCAACAUCGUGCUGAUCAGCCGAUCCCAGGAGAAGCUGGACGACGUUUCCAAGGCCAUAGAGAGUAAGUGUGAGGUGCAAACCAAAACCAUCGCAGCUGACUUCAGUACCAGAGACAUCUACCCCAAGAUCGAAGAGGGACUGGCAGGCCUGGAGAUAGGGGUACUGGUGAACAACGUGGGCGUCUCCUACGGGUACCCCGAGUUCUUCCUGAGCAUCCCCAACCUGGACAGCUUCAUCAACACCCUGAUCAACGUCAACAUCACCUCCGUGUGCCAGAUGACUAGCCUGGUCCUUCCCAGGAUGGUCCAGAGGAAGAAGGGCGCCAUCCUGAACAUCUCCUCUGCCAGCGCCCUGGCCCCCAUCCCGCUGCUCACCGUCUACUCUGCUAGCAAGGCCUUCGUGGAUUUCUUCUCGCGGGGUUUGGAGGCCGAGUACAAGAGCCAGGGGAUCAUCAUCCAGAGCGUGCUGCCGUCCUUCGUGGCGACCAAGCUCAGUAAGAUCCGCCGCGCCACGCUGGACAAGCCGACGCCCCAGCGCUACGUGGCGGCGGCGCUGGGAACGGUGGGGCUGCAGAGCCAGACCAGCGGCUACUUCCCCCACGCCGUCCUCGGCUGGCUCACCACGGUGCUCCUACCCGCCAAGCUGGUCACUUCCUACAUGAUGGGGAUGCUGGUGUCCCAGCGCGCCCACUACCUUAAGAAGCAGAAGCAGGGCUAGAGCCACCAGGAGGAGGAGGGGAGGGACCAGGAGGAGGAGGAGGAACCAGGAGGAGGAGGGACCAGGAGGAGGAGGGGGAGGAGAGGAGGAGGAGGGACCAGGAGGAGGACCAGGAGGAGGAGAGGAGGAGGGACCAGGAGGGACCAGGAGGGACCAGGAGGAGGGACCAGGAGGAGGAGGGACCAGCAACCAACAGAGUGAUAUGACCAGGAGGGCAUGCUUUCCUCUACGGCCCUCAGCCUGUGACCACGUGUAUGGUGUCGUCCAUUUUGUACUGGAACUACUUUAUUAACUAGUUUCGGCCCCUGCUCUAAAUCGGAUGAUGGAGCAUCUUUAUGAAAUAAAACCAAAUUGUUCGAGUUAAAGCGUUCCUGAAUCAGGGAAUAACAAGUUUAAAACGACCAGGCGGAGGCCAAUACAAAUAUAUUUUUCAUUGGCUACUAUUUUAUUCAUUCCACUUUCUCCUAGUUUUAUCCAAGGUUCACAACCGUCCAGUGAGUUGUGACCACUGGAUAUUAAAAUAAAACGGACUGCCUUUUACCACGUAUGGACUUCAGAAUGGAUUGACGUGAUACUGCCAGGUAUUAAGUGUGACACGAUGCCCCAUGUUGAAUACUCUUCAAUAGUCUGAAUGUCACUGUGUGCUAUCCUAUACAACAGAAUUAUUAAUCCAACCCAAAUCAAUUUGGGGGUUAGGGUAACUUAUGUUUUUGAUAUUGUCAAAUUGUUUGAGGUAUUAAUGUGCUCUUUAUUUGAAAAACGUAACAUCUUUUGAUCAUAUAGGUUUGGAGUGUUAUCACAUUUAGCCUUACUGUAAGGACUUAUCUCUAGAAUAUAACUCAUUAAUAAAUCCUCAUUUUGAAUAUAUAUAUGUAUAUCUG